UGUGUUGGUGUGAGUUGCAGGUGUCUGUGUGUGUGUGUGGACUGGUGUUGUGUUUUUCGCACUUUCAACUUUCAACGCUCGGUUAUCGUACGGAGCAUAGCUUCACCUUUUGAAAACUAUUCGCUUAAGCAAUGCCCAAAGUACGAAGAAGUCGUAAACCUCCUCCCGAAGGAUGGGAACUGAUAGAGCCCACCUUGGACGAACUUGAACAGAAAAUGCGCGAAGCUGAAAGUGAACCUCAUGAGGGGAAGCGCAAGGUUGAAGCUUUGUGGCCAGUUUUCCGGAUUCAUCAUCAAAAAUCGCGUUAUAUCUACGACCUCUAUUAUCGACGAAAGGCUAUCAGUAAAGAACUGUACGAAUUCUGUCUUAAAGAAAAUAUUGCUGAUGCCAAUUUAAUUGCUAAAUGGAAAAAGCAAGGCUAUGAAAAUCUCUGUUGUCUGAGAUGCAUACAGACAAGAGAUACUAACUUUGGAACAAGUUGCAUUUGCAGAGUACCCAAGGCCAAACUCGAGGAGGGUCGCAUAGUGGAGUGCAUACACUGUGGAUGUCGCGGGUGCUCUGGAUAACAGGAAGACUCACGGGACGCAAUGUAAAUAAAGUGUUGUAAUUUUACUGAUCUGUGACUGUCUAUAUCUGCUAUGAAAUAUGGUGAGGAAAUAAGUGUCCACAUAAAUGGCCAUUCAAUUUAAUUUUCAAUUACAGUAAUUCAAAAAAAUGUAUAAAUUAUUUAUCUAUAUCACAAGUUCUUGACAUGGUUUAAAAUAAAUCCUGCACUUCA